AUGUGUCAGCCUCACCCAGGUGUGCCUAGUUUGGUUAGGCUGAGAGACUUGGCGCUGCUGCAUCACCAUGGCAGAUGGCUUCUUCUGCAGGGUCCUGCGGUGGUUCAGAUUCAGACUUCAGUGGGUUUGCAUGCUGCUGCUGCUGCAGGCAUGAGGGUUGAAGAGGAGGCUGCUAGUCGUGGUGGUAGAAGAGGUGGCAGCGGUGGCCCGACAAGGCAGUGCCUGUGCUCGCCGACCCGGCAUCCGGGCUCGUUUCGGUGCAGGCAACACCAUGCUGGGUAUGUCUGGGGUACUGGUCGGAUUGUGAGAAAAAACAGCUCCACUAAUUAA